CAAGCACGCGGAAGGACUCUCGACACGCACGCUGCUCGUCCGAGGGUGCGAAUCGAAUUGCGGUUUACGCUGGCGCACGAGCCAAGGACGCGCGGAAAAUACGUGCACCUGCCAGGGAAUUUCCCGGAAGCGGAUUCUUUUUCGUAAAUUGUUCAUUUUUGUUAGAUCGCGUGCACGUUACAGUGAACGGACAGAGAGAUGGAUCGAUGAUAUGAGUGAGGAAACUGGUUGAUUCUUACAAGGAAAGGCAGGAUUAGUUGUAGUACAUAGCCAGAAGAAGAAUUCGAAGAAGAACUUAACGAAGAAAGCAAAAACCCCAUCAAAGGAACGUCGUUAUGUUGAAUUCGUACAAUUGUUAAAGAAUGUUGAAAGAAUUCUGUUUACUGCAGGACUUCACAAUGAAUUUGCCCAGGACGUAGUUAACGUACGAGGACGUCAUGUGAAGAGACUAAAAAAACUGUCACAUAUUAUUUAUUUAUGCCGUGUAAAAAGGAAUCUUCCACAUGAAACAUGUCCAUAUGUCUACAAAAACAUUAAAGAAGUUCGAGCUUUCUUCUUCAUAGCCGAUUUCGGUUGACGUAUUAUAAUUAUUGUUACUGAUCGCUGAAGUGAAAAUAACGGUACAAUUAGAGAUCUGAAGUGCAUUAGUUUUCUUUCAUAUUCUACGUGCCUUCUUGUAUAUUCGGAAUUAAGAGAUUCGUAUUCAGGUACGUGCCGCAAUCCAAAAGGAGCUUUUAAUGAGGAACACUGGCCACUUGAACGGGACAAGAUCGAAAUCCGAUAGCGCGUUCGACAAGAAGAAAUCACCACUAUUCGAAGCCCGAACUGUCGACCCGGAAGAGGACGAAGAAGAAGAAGAGGGACGAUAAAGAACGUCAAGUUCAAGACCGAGACCAUCUUGCAUACGUAUCAGAAAUUUUAUUAUAUCGCGUGUGCGUUGGUUCGACACCGUGAAACGCCGCGGAUAGUUUACGAGCAUAACUAAUCACAAUUAGGCCAUUGUUGUCGUUGCGUUUAAUUCCCGCAAGCGAUUCGCCAGUCGUUUUAAUCGAAUAAAUUUUAUGUGCAAUAAAACGGCGCGGUACGAUAGCCGACCACAUAAUGACGCUAAUUAAUUCUAAUGGUGAGCUUAGGGUCGAAACUUAGUAGUAAGGAGAGUUCGGUCGCUCUGAUCGAUACCAUCGAGCUGCAAUGGUGACGGUAGACGACAAAGAGGAACGAACGUUAACGAAGGCGGGAGUCAAAAACAAGAACGCUCCCAACGAGGAAGAUCGACGAAUUUUCCUGCAAAAACAUGCCCACCAAAUUCGGGUACCUGCACGUUAAGAGCACUCAACGCCAUUUCGAACCUAUGUCGAAAGAACAAUCGUCGGACAGCUGUCAUUCGCCACGCCUCUCUAGUCCUGAAAGCAAUUACACCUUGGCAACACUCAGUCCUGGUCCAUCUAGCCAGCCGUACACUCCGAAUUAUUAUGAAGAGAACAAUAAUGACUACAAAACAAUCACAUGCAACAAUGCCACUUACUGCGGCGAUAGCCCCAAAUACAUGAGUCCGCGCGGUAGCAGUAGCCCGAAAUAUUCGUCGUACGGGGGUAGUAGCCCGAAAUACAUAUCAUGUGGGAGUAGUAGCCCCAAAUAUCCAUCAUGCGGUGGAGGUAGUCCCAAAUAUAUUUCGUGCGGGAGCAGUAGCCCCAAAUACUUACCCCCUUCGUACACGACUUGCGGUAGUAACGGUUACGAUAUUAAAUAUAACAAUAAUUGUGGUGAUGUUAGCGGUAAAUGUGUGAACAGGUACGGAUCUAGCAGCGACAAGUACGACCCGAAGUACAAGUCGUUGCCUAAUAUGCAGGGUUACUGUCAGGAUUCAUACUACAAAGCGAAUUACGUCGGUGAGGGUAAAAGCAAAAAGGAAUCGAAACGAGGUCAAAAUCAACAGCAGCCGGCCCUGGAAGUUAUGAAGAAGCGACGACUGGCCGCGAACGCGCGAGAGCGACGGCGCAUGAACAGUUUAAACGAUGCUUUUGAUAGACUGCGUGACGUAGUGCCGUCGCUGGGCAACGACAGGAAGUUGUCGAAGUUCGAAACGUUGCAGAUGGCGCAGACGUACAUUGCUGCUUUACACGAACUACUGCAGAGGGACUGAGGCGUGUAUCAGUGGCGUAGACAGAACAGUUGCGUAUGUUUAAGGUAGGAUAAUUUCUUUGUAAAUAGUUUAUUGAUAAAAGAUGGUAUUUGACUUGUGCAAUAAAUUAAUGGAAAGCUUACUAUUAUGUUAUGUUAGUUUGCUCAAUUUUAAACUGUGAUAUUUUCUAUUUGUUCAUACUUUUCACUGAAUUUACUCAUACUUUGUAGGUGAUCUAAUUAAAAUUUUGUGAAUACUUUAUGUUAAACACCUAGGA